CGUCGAAGAAAGAGAGGAAGAGGUAAAAAAAAAAAAACACCGAGCGACGACGAAGAAGAUUCUCUAAUCUCUCCGCGUAGUUUAUCUCUUGAAGAGAGGGUAAUUAUCGAAGAGUGAUGCGAUUUUCUUCACGCGGUGUUUGAGGAACAUAUAUAGAGAAUAGAGAUGAUGAUGAUGAUGGGUUUCGCGAUUUCGGAUGAGUUUCUGGGCACGUUCGUGCCGAUUAUGGUAUAUUGGGUUUAUUCAGGGAUGUACAUUUACUUAGGAUCUAUGGAAAGAUAUAGAUUGCAUUCGAAGGUAGACGAGGACGAGAAGAAUCUCGUCACCAAAUCCGCCGUCGUCAAGGGCGUUCUUCUUCAACAGACUCUACAAGCCAUCAUCUCCGUCAUUCUCUUCAACAUUACAGGAAGUGAUGAUGCAGAUGCUGCUUCUACGACGCAGCACUUCUCCCUUCUCCUCCUCGCCAGGCAAUUCAUCAUCGCCAUGCUCGUAAUCGACACGUGGCAAUACUUCAUCCACCGCUACAUGCACCUCAACAAGUUCUUAUACAAGCACAUCCACUCUCAGCACCAUCGCCUCAUCGUCCCCUAUUCAUACGGAGCUUUAUACAACCAUCCAUUAGAAGGUCUUCUCUUGGACACCAUCGGCGGUGCUUUGUCUUUCCUCUUCUCCGGUAUGUCCCCGAGAACGGCUAUAUUUUUCUUCUCCUUCGCUACCAUCAAGACGGUUGAUGAUCACUGUGGACUUUGGCUUCCGGGGAAUCCGUUUCACGUCUUCUUCAGUAAUAACUCUGCUUACCAUGAUGUUCACCAUCAGCUAUAUGGGAGCAAGUACAAUUUCUCGCAGCCCUUCUUUGUCAUGUGGGAUAGGAUUCUCGGUACUUACUUGCCUUAUUCGCUUGAGAAAAGAGCCUCUGGUGGAUUUGAAACACGGCCGAUCAAAGUAUCUAAAGAUGAGUAACUUUUUUUCUUCUUUUGGAGCUUCUUAUCACUUCUAUGUUACUUGACUAUUUGAUCGCUAGAGAACCACUGUAACCUCUGUGUACAUACAAUUGCAAGCUCUCGUUUUCAAUCUACGGUUGUUUGUUUCUGUGUAAGCUAGCAGUGAAUUCAUUUUGUAAUAGACCAGUGAAGUGAUUGCUCAAUUAUUGAAAUAGUGGACCUUUGAAUGAAAAGGAUACAAUGCUUAUCUUCAA